AGACGGAGACAAGAUGUUCAAUGUUGCUUGCGCUUCUGUAGUUUAUACGUUUAGAAGCACUUCGAGCUAUUAUAAAGGGGAGAUAGGUUGCAGUUUGAUGCGCCUAAUUGAUAGUCAUGGUAGAAAACGUAGAAACAGAUCAGACGCUGAUAGCGAACGGCCUGCGAGAGCUUCUAUUUAAUCUGAAGCCAGUUACAGAUGGCGCAAUCACAAUGGAAAGUUUGGAAGAUGAUAUCCUGAACUUAGAACAAACGGACGAAAAUUUUCACAAGUACAUCUUAGUGAAACACAUCAGAGAAAGGAUAGACAAGUCACUCGGUGCUACAGCUAAUCUUCACUUGAACCAGAUUGUUAAAGCUAAUGAAUUGCCUGGUGACCAAAGCACAUUGCUUGCCGACAUCACGGAUGAAAUCAUGAAAUCACCAAGGUACGAGUUGUUAACUGAUACUCUGAAGACGAACGUAUUUGAGGCUGUCAAGCAAAUAUUAGAUGAAGGAGUUACUUCUAUAGACACCUACAGCAGUAGCAAUGAGCCGAGAUGUCUUACACCUUUCACUAGCAUGGUGUACAGAUCAUUCAAUGAUGAUACUUCUUCUGUUGGUAGCAACUCAUUGCAACAGAGCCUCCUGUUUUUAAAUCCUGAGCAGUAUAUUUAUCUUGCUGAUAAUAUGAGCCCAUCAAAACCACUUAAGGUGAGACUGGAUGCGGUGCAAACCUUGUAUCGUAUCCCUGCGAACGAGGUUGUUCCCAGUGAUCACUGGAGCAAGUACAAGGCUCAUCUUCUGGACAUGUUGUGCGAUCCCCAUCAAGAAUUAUUUUACUGGGCCCUGAAGGUUCAUGCCAAGAUGUUUGUGGUAACGGCACCUCAUGUAAACCGAGAAAUUUACACAAAUCUAGUAGAGUAUAUUGCACUGCAGUUUUCCUCAAAGACCAGGUCAAUCCCAUCUUUGCACCGUGGCAUAGAUGCCAGCAAGAAACAGAACUCGCACCUGCUGCUUGCUGUUCGGCUGCUUAAUGACUUUCAGCAACAACUCCCUCUUUACUGGCUUCGUUUCUCUGACCGAUUUUUACAGGACUACAUAGAAGGGGCUACCUCACUUCUUGCAAUUUCCAGUGUAAAAGACAGCCUUUGCCCUUUACAUUAUAUGGCCUUGGUUGAUCCCCAUGCUUCUUGGUUCAAGAAAUGGAUGCAUUCAGAAUAUAGCCGGUGUGUAGUCCUGGAACAUUUAGAGAAGUAUCCUCACCUGCUUAUGAAGUCUGUGGACUGUCUUCUGGCUUAUGCUGCCAAUCAUGAAGGAACACAAACCUUGACUCCCACUGAAACGACUACAUCUCACUUGCCUGGGGCUCACAUUCAGCAAAGAUCAGCCCCCGCUGGUGAUGCAAUAGCUGCAGGUGUCGUCUAUAAAGAAGCCGCUGUGAAGUUCCUGCUAGCUUUGCACUCCAUGCAGCUGGUCGGUGAAUUGCUGCGCUAUGGGACGUCUAGGUCCCUAUUCAUACAGUUACAGCCUGGAGGCGUUUCUCUUACCGACGUCAUAGUUGCAUUUACCAGCAUUAUGUUAGCCCCGGACAGCACUGAGAUUGGUGAGUUCUCGGCAGCUGCAGUGGCGAGGGCAAUCUUGGAGAGGAUUGCAGCUCAGAACGUCGGAUCUCACCUACUGUGCAGGUUCGCUGUCAUGCAGAGAUUACUGAAUCCACUCAUUCAAGCUUUUCACAGUCCAGAGCAGUCUAUUGGCACAGCAGACACAGUACACCAGCAGGCUAUUUUGAAUGCUGGCUGUGUGCUACACUCACUGGCUUCAUCUAAGGAAGGAAAGCACUACCUGCUGUACGGAAAAGUUGGAAAAUGCUGCAAAGCCUCUUCACCAUGUGACAGUGUGGUUAACAGUGAUUCCUGUCAACCUGAUAACAAUGACAUUGAAAGUGCAUCCCCCCUAGAAAAGCCGGUAGCAAAUGUCGUUGUAGAUCUGCUCAUUCAGCUGCUGCCGCUAAAUGAUGCUGUGACACACCCGGAAACUAUGAUCGCAGUUCAGCAGAAUUUGCUAGGCAUCUGCCAGCAGCUCUACUCACAUCAUGAUGGCCUCAAUAUGCUAGCAGACUACCGACUGCACAUAGCACUGGCUAGCAGCUGGAGAGAUGUGACAAGAGAGAUCGAGGAAUCAAAGACACCGACUCCAGGUGAAGAUGAAGUAGGUGGGCUACAAGAGGCUGACCAGAGUAUGAAGCAGGACUGGGCCAACCACCUGAUUGAGGGAUUGCUUAGCUUUGCAAACACACCAAAAGGCAUUGGCAUGCUGAUGGACACUAGCAUGCUGCAUAUCUGCUCUGAUUUACUCUGCUGCCAGCAUGAGGAGAGAUAUCAGAUUGGUGAAGGUGAGCACCACGAGAUGGCAGCACUGAUCACACGGCUGGCCUCGACUGCAGCUGGCUGCAGGGCUAUUGAACGGGCAGGCCUUUUCGAGUAUGCCGUAGAGCGAGUGUGGAACAGACUGGAGUGUCGACAAUCGAUCGAGGAAUUCGAGCAGGAGAAUUGCGGGGUGCUGCCAGACAGAGUCCUGCAGAGGAGUUUGCUAACUAUUGCUAGAUUUGUGAGUAUUUACCCAGCAGUGUAUGAACUCCUGGCUGGCCAGUCACUGUCUGGUUGUCAGGACUUCUUGUCAAGAAAGGUGCCCUGGACGAUACUAGAACUUGUGGAUCGCAUCGUAGUCAUAGAUAACCCAUUGAAGAUUCUCUCACUCUUUAGCUAUGAUCAGUCUCAUCUAUUUGGAUUGCGCUUGCUAAUGUUCAUGUGUUCGUCAUUAGACUGCCUUUUGCUGCUAGAGGCACAAUACAGCGUGCAGGCUGCUCUGCUAGCUGCACAGCGAGACAGUGUGCAUGAAGAAACAUCUAUGGUCAUACUGGAUGAGCUGUCCGUAAUGCGCAACCACAUCCUCGUGAAAUCUGCGACGAUCGGUGGUGCGAAUGAGAGAGUUCUUCCACCUACCUAUUGUGCUCACUCGUUGACUUUCCAACCCGGCGCAGUCGUGCAUGAGAGUAUAUACGCCUGGCCGUUACUCACUGAACUCCCAGUUCCAUCUACAUACGUAAUCGUAUCAACGAAUCAAAAACGUGACGUGAGCAAAUAUCUUGAAGGUUUAUUGACUAAUCAACGUGGUGUUUUGGACGAGCCGUCGCCAAUGUGGGUCAAGAAUUGUUCCGUUGCCUUCACGAGCAUGCUGGCUGCUGGACAUUGGUGCUCGCAGGAAAAUCUUGCUGAACUUCUAGAGAGGACCUCAUGUCAUAUGGCUAGGAGUAGAUCGCCUCUUGAGAGCCCAGCAAGUUUAGACACGAGUGACAUUGUCCAGAAAAUGUGGAGCAUAGGUGCAAAGGUGGCUGUGGAGUAUGGAAUCAGACUGGAAUUGUUACCAACAAAGAAGUCGGGUGAAUUGAAUAGAAAGAUGGAGGAAGAGCUGCUUGAGGUGUUACUGUAUUGUGAAGGCCACCUCUGGAUUAGACAACGAUUAGAAAUGGGUCUUCUCAGGUUCACGGAUGGCAACACCUAUCCUGGCUUUGAUUGGUUUGUGGCCACAGUUUUCCUACUUUUCGGUGGCGAUGGGCGGAGGAGUAGUGCCUUUAUGAAGAAUCUCGCAACACUCCCUGCAGCCACGUUUCUGUGCAUGCCUGCUGCACAUAAGUCUGCCUACCUUCCGAGAAGUGUAGCACAGAAUGGCCUACAUCCAGUUUAUUUCAUCACUGGUCACUGGGUGGAGCUGCUUUUAGCAACAGAGCUAUCAGUCGUACAUGCUGCUUUUUCAGUGAAUGGCAUCAGUGCAGCCCAGUUAUGCUAUCAUUGGAUGUCGCAAUGCUUCUGGAACUACCUAGACUGGAAAGAGAUUUGCCAGUAUAUCUCUUUGUGCUUGCUUCUGAAUAUUGAUUAUCAGGUCCACUUCUGUAUGGCCAUACUCAGACACCUACAGCCACUUGUACAGAAACACUGCUACUCUGAGGAUUUGCUACUUAUUUUACAUGAGCAACCUAUACGGGACUUCCAUGUUGAACAACACAUGAUAUUCAUGGAUGACCUGAAGGCUAAACAUGGGGACAAGAUCCUCAAGGACAUGAAUGAUACCAUGAAUAACACAGAGCACAUCUCAGCAGAAACACCUCUUGAGAUGUUGUUUGAGAAUUCCUUAACUUAAGAGCAGUUGGUAUGUACUACUCAGGAUGAUUAUUUAUUUAGUAAAUCUACCAUAAUAGCAUGAAAGCUGAAAACUAUAGUGUGAAAUAGUCAACUCUGUUUAGUGGCAUGAUGUUUUGACGUUAUUGUAUGCAAUCCUCUUUAAUAUGUCAUUUUAAUGUACAACAAGAAAGGAAUCACUUGUUUGAUUGAGUCUAACUGCUUGGUCAUACAGAUAGAUAAAUGUGGGGACAUUAUCUAGCUUCAUAUUAUAUUUUAUUCUGUGAUAUAUUCUCAGAUAGAGCCAGGGUUAUGAAAAUGAAGUUUCAUUAAUUGAAUAAAUAUUUGUAUAAAAAUCCAUAAAUAAUUAAUUGGAAAUUAUUAUAUUGUAUAUAAUUCUCUAAACUAUGAUAUUUAUUUUGAAUUGUCAUCACAUUGGUCAGUUUAGCGCUGCAACACAUGUUUCAGAAGUAAAAUAAACAAUUGUGAACACA